CAAAACCUCUGGUGCCUCUAUACUGUUGAUGUUGUAACAUUUCAACUUCUCUAUAUAUAAGGGUGUUAUACUUCAAUUUUGUCAGUUUAUAUUCAAUUUUCAUUGCGAUAACAAAGCAAAUUAAUUAAUUCGUGUGACCAUAUUUAAAUAAUAAAAAAUAUAGUGAGAGAGUGUAAGGAAGAGGAGAAAGAGAUUCAAGUCUAAUUAAUAUUCAAUAAGUGUGCAAUUUUGUGAAAUUAAAAUAAAUUUUUUAAAAAUAUGAAGGUGUUAAUUGUUUUGACAUCAAUCGUUGGAUUGAGUUUGGCACAGUUUCCAAAUGGAAGAAUUUUGGAACCACCUGUACCAGCUCUCUGUGCACAACGUGUGAUUCAUGAAAGAUCUCCCGAUGGUAAAGGAUAUUGGUUCUCAUGGAAGGAUCAAAAUACAAAAGGAAAGGAAGAGGACUGGCUAGGCGCAAGAAACUUCUGUCGUCAACGUUGUAUGGAUGCCGUAUCCGUAGAAACAUCACCCGAAAAUGAAUGGAUUAAACAAAGAAUUGUUGAUGGAAAGCAAAAAUACAUUUGGACAUCGGGUCGUGUCUGUGACUUCCAGGGAUGUGAUCGUGCUGAUUUGCAACCAACAUCAAUCAAUGGAUGGUUCUGGACAGCAGAACUCCAAAAAUUGGCACCAACAACAGAUCGUCGUCAAAAUGAUUGGAGUGAAAAUGGUGGAAUUGGUCAACCACAACCAGACAACAGAGAACUUCAACAAGGAGGUGCACCUGAAAAUUGCUUGGCUAUCUUGAAUAACUUCUAUAACGAUGGUGUUCACUGGCACGAUGUUGCAUGCCAUCAUGUUAAGCCAUGGGUUUGCGAAGAAAAUGAUGCUCUUCUAAAAUACGUCCGUUACACAAACCCAAAUCUUCGAAUCUAAAGGCAUUUAAAUUCGCAUAAGCGAUGACCAUGCAACGCUUGAUUUCAUUAUUCAUUAUUUUUAAAUUUUCACUUUUUAAAUUGAAAGUAAUGACAAUAAUAAUAUAUUUUAGGAAUCAGUUUAGAAGUUAGAUGAACAAAAAA